UUGUUUUUAACCCAUCUGCACGCACCAUUAAUAUGGUGAGAAAGAAGGGGCAAUGGUGGAAAGUGGAAACAUUGAAAAUGUAUAGCUAAGGUGAGAGCAACGUGUCAAAUUGUGAACCUCCUUCUUCUCCAAUGGUACUUCUUUUGCAACUGUUUAGGAAAAGCGCCAAAAUUCCUUGCAGAUAUUCCUUUUUCUAUUGAACCUUAUUCCUUCUCUGCUUAUCCUUUUCCACUUAUUACCACUCUAAUUUCAGAGUUCCGAUUUCUGUAAAUUGAAAUGCGUUGACAAUUUCCGAACUCCAGCUGAAUAAUUCUGUAUUUUUCUCGUUGUUGCCGAUAACAAUGGCAAUCGGAGGUGUUAUCUCUAAUCGAAGUUUCAGUACUUUUCUAUAUCCUGGUGAAGUCUAUCAUAGAAGGGAUGAGGUAGCACACCUCAAGAAAGAGAGCUUUGGUGUAUCCAUUGGGCUAUGUAGGCAGCUGCGAGUUCCGAACAAAACAUCUCUUCACUUGAGUAAUAAGUGUCUAACUACCAAAUGUUUGUAUUGUUCAUUGAUAAGCAUCAUAAAUGCUUCAGACUCCAGAAAUUCUAAGUAUUCCCAGACAACUCACAACAAGUGUUGUUCUUUGCAUCUCCUACAUACACAUGAGCUCGUUGGUGCUUCAAGUUAUGUUAGAAGGGAUAGAGGAGUAUUCAGAUGCUCUUUUUCUAAAUCCUGUCGUAGAAGAGACGCAUUGGUACAAUCAGGAACAGUAGAUAAGUUUCCUGCGAAUAAUAAUCAGUCUUUAUUCAAUUAUGUUAGGGCCAAUGGAUCUCGUGCUUACUACAAGUCCGAAGAAUUUGACUUAACAGAAUCAACCUUUCAAUCACUGAGUUCUUCUGAAGGAGCUGGUGAAGUAGCUUUCCCUGAUAAAAGCACACAGAAUGCAGCUUUUUGGUUGGAUCAGUUUCCUAAGCGUUGGGUUGUUGUCUUGCUUUGUUUUGUGGCAUUUCUGUUGUGCAAUAUGGAUCGUGUGAAUAUGAGUAUUGCAAUACUUCCAAUGUCCAAGGAGUUCAACUGGAACAGCACAACUGUUGGUUUAAUUCAGUCAUCUUUCUUUUGGGGCUAUCUUCUUACUCAGAUUGUAGGAGGUAUAUGGGCAGAUAAGGUCGGUGGGAAGCUUGUCUUGGGUUUUGGAGUGGUUUGGUGGUCAAUUGCCACAGUUUUAACUCCUAUUGCUGCAAGGAUCAGCCUGCCUUGUUUACUCGUUAUGCGCGCAUUUAUGGGAAUUGGUGAGGGUGUUGCUAUGCCUGCUAUGAAUAAUAUGAUCUCAAAGUGGAUUCCAGUGUCUGAAAGAAGCAGAGCACUUUCUUUGGUAUACAGUGGCAUGUAUCUUGGUUCUGUAACAGGAUUGGGCUUAUCACCAGCUCUAAUCCACAAAUUUGGCUGGCCUUCAGUGUUCUAUUCCUUUGGCUCUUUGGGAAGCAUUUGGUUUGCAAUGUGGCUAGCUAAAGCAUAUAGCUCACCAACAGAAGAUCCAGAAAUUAGUACCCAAGAGAAAAGAUAUAUUAUGGAAGGCAGCAGAUCAAAGGAACCUGUUACUGUCAUUCCCUGGAAGUUGAUUUUAUCUAAAGCUCCAGUGUGGGCACUCAUAGUCUCCCACUUUUGCCACAACUGGGGUACUUUUAUUCUUCUAACAUGGAUGCCAACAUAUUACAAUCAGGUUUUGAAGUUCAACCUUACGGAAUCUGGGCUGUUAUGUGUACUUCCGUGGUUGACUAUGGCUGUGUUUGCAAAUAUAGGAGGUUGGAUUGCUGAUACACUCAUCAGCAGAGGCCUCUCUGUUACAUCAGUUCGUAAGAUCAUGCAAACAAUUGGAUUUCUUGGCCCAGCUCUCUCACUUUCACUACUGAGUCAAGUUAAGACACCUGCUUUAGCUGUUCUCUGCAUGGCAUGCAGUCAGGGAUCAGAUGCAUUCUCACAAUCUGGAUUAUAUUCCAACCACCAAGACAUUGGGCCUCGAUAUUCAGGCAUAUUGUUGGGGUUGUCCAAUACGGCAGGUGUUCUUGCUGGAGUCCUCGGAACAGCUGCCACUGGAAUUAUUCUCCAACGAGGUUCCUGGGAUGAUGUGUUUAAGGUGGCAAUAGCAUUAUAUAUUAUUGGCACUCUAGUAUGGAACUUUUUUGCAACUGGGGAGAAAAUUCUGGACUGAAAGGGUGAUUAAAAGAAACAAGUAUAGGCCUUUGCCGAGCCUACAAUCAUCGAAGAUAAUUAUCAUCUUUAAAGGGGACGGAUGGCAUGUUCGAUCUCUCAAAAAUGGAAAAUAAUAUAGCAAGGACGUGAACAUGGAUUUGGCGACAUUAGGUACUCUUCGACCCUUGGUGAACAUUAGAGCAAGUCUUGGUAUGAAUAACAAUGAUCUGUAUAUGUUAUAUUUCAACCUUAGUGUUCUAAGAAAUUUUUGAGGAAGAUGUUGCCUCAUCUAAACUUUAAUAAAAAUUUAUUCAUUGAAGUCCUUUUCUCUGUUCGCACAGUACGAAACUAGGAGAAAGGAAAAAUAUGUUAGGAGCCUGGAGCUGCCUGUAUACACGUAGAAAUAAUUGAUAUGAACAUACAUUUUAUAUUUUUACAAAAUGCAAUUCAUUUUUCUUUAAA